GCCGUCGCCCACACCCCUGGUCCUGGCCGACGUCGCCGCGGACGCUGACCCGGCGGCCGAACUCCUGCCGGGUCUCUCUGUUGUCCGCCGUCCCGGCCUAACGGAAUUCGGCAGGAAGGUGGUGCGCGAGAUGAACCGUCUGGGCAUGAUGGUGGACCUGUCGCACGCGAGCGUCGCCACCAUGAAGGACGCGCUGGAAGCGAGCCAGGCGCCCGUCAUCUUCUCACACUCCGCCGUCUACGCGCUCUGCAACAGCUCCAGCAACGUGCCCGACGACGUACUGAGGUCCUUGGCGAUGAACGGCGGAGUGGUCAUGCUGAGCCUGUACCCGUAUUUCAUCACCUGCAGCGCGGCCGCCAACAUCACUGACGUCAUAGCGCACAUCAACCACGUGCGUGACGUCGCUGGGGUGGACCACGUGGGCCUUGGUGCUGGUUUUGACGGCAUCAGCCACACGACGACGGGACUGGAGGACGUGUCGAGGUACCCGCAGCUGCUGGCCGCACUGCUGGAAGACCCGUCCUGGAGUGAGGAUGACGUCAAGAGGCUGGCAGGGCUCAACCUACUCAGGGUCUUCCGCCAGGUCGAGCAGGUACGAGAUAAAUGGCGGUUGGCAGCCGUGACGCCGGGAGAGGAUUUCAUCGCCAGUGCCAACCUGGAGGGCGCGGCCGGCAACUGCACUUACGUGGGCUCCUGA